UUUAUAUUAAGCAAAUGUGGGACCAUCAGCGCCCAGAGCAACGACACGCUGCGUCUGUUCCUCACAGGGAGAUUCAUUCAUUUUCACCACAUUUGGCUUUAUUAUUAUUACUUACUUUCAGACCUCGUUCAGGAUGUUCGCAAUAACGACAAGUCGAUUUAAAAAACUCUGGAUGCAACAAAUGGAACCGCAUUUUGGCCACAAAGCUAAGAGGGGAUCCGUUGUGCACGUUCUGUCCCGUGAUGUCUGUGGCAUUGACAUUUUAGGACAUGUAACGACCGUCAGAGAUUUCCUAGACCAUAAAAUAAAGGAGUUUGUUUUAGCGGAGAAGGAAGAGCCGUUCUAUGUGGCAAACCUGGAUAGUAUAUUUGAAAGGCACCUCAGGUGGCGUACAAACUUGCCCCGAGUCAAGCCUUUCUACGCCGUGAAGUGCAACCACGAUGCAGCCGUUCUGAGGAUGAUGAGGGCCCUGGACGCCGGUUUCGACUGUGCUAGCAAGGUGGAGAUGCAGAUGGUGCUGUCGCUCGGAGUGAAACCCGACAGAAUCAUUUACGCACACACCACCAAACCGCUGUCGCACAUCAAAUAUGCCUGUACUCACGGAGUCGAUACGAUGACGUUUGAUAGCGAGGACGAACUCCUCAAAAUAUCUCUUUGUCACGCCAAAGCCAAAUUGGUACUCCGCAUCGCGGUGGACGACUCCGCCUCCAAGAUAAGACUCAGUUUAAAGUUUGGCGCCCGACUGGAGUCGGUUGGUAAGCUGCUGGGACGUGCUGCAGAGCUUGGCUUGGAGGUCAUUGGGGUCAGCUUUCAUGUAGGCAGCGGCUGCACUGGAAGUCUGGCGUUCAAGCAGGCCAUUGGAGAUGCUAGACGUGUCUUCGACAUUGCGAAAUCAUUGGGCCUCCAGAUGAGUCUCUUGGAUAUUGGUGGAGGAGUCUCUGGGAGAGAAGACUGUCGAGUCACAUUUGAAGAGUUUUCAGUAGUUAUUAACGGAGCGCUGGAGGAGUUCUUCCCGCCUGGCAGUGGGGUUCAGAUCAUUGCAGAACCAGGCCGCUACUUUGUGGAUUCAGCCUUCACACUGGCAGCGAACGUCAUUGCCAAGCGAGUGAUCGAGGAGCAUAAGGAUGAACAUAACGACACUGUGAACAACGGUCUUGACAGAAUAAUGAUGUACUAUCUCAAUGACGGAGUGUACGGCUCUCUGAGUUGCCUGAUCAAUGAUGCUGCCCACACCCAGGUUGAGCCGUACCUGAACAGGGUUGUUGAGAGCGGCGAGCAGAGAUACCGGUCUGUUCUCUGGGGUCCGACCUGCGACAGCAUCGACAAAGUGGCCGGCGUGUGCUGGAUUCCUGAGCUGCGUGUGGGGGACUGGCUUCUCGUUGACAACAUGGGUGCUUACUCUAUUUGUUCAUCCACGGACUUCAACGGCUUUGAGAGAGCACACGUUUACCCUGUUGUGACAGCAAAGACGUGGCACACUUUGAACCUUUCUGACUUCUUCAACCUCCACCAAUGACUCGGGAACACUUCUAUUCGACAUUGGUUUACUGAACAAGCAUUCAUUUAUUUCAUACAUUUAAAAAACUAUUCACAUUUUGAUAGAUUUCCCUGGAGAUUUGUACCCUUUACAUUGUGUUAAUAAUAACAUGUCAUCAUUACACUCCCAGACCAGUUUGUGUGCAUAUUUAAACUGGUCAAUAAUUGGGACUCCCAGCGGACCGGAGUUUUCGUUUUAGAUAAGUGAAAGACACACUUUUAUAUGGUCUAAUUUUAUUAUUUUGGUAUCUUGGUCUCGUAUAAUUUAAAGAUUCAGUAAUUUCCUAAAACAGCUGAGCUCCAAACUUCUUUUUUCCAAACAUUACCCAAUAGGAUUACAAAAGUGUAUUGUUAGUGAACUAUUUUCAGAUGUGGAUUAAUAAAUCAUUGGAGCACCAGUGAGUAUUUAUGGCAGAUGUAUGUAAGUCACAACUCCAGCUGCAACUAUUUGCAUGAAUUAAUUGAUUGGACAAAAAUGGACAGAAAAAGGAAAGGAAACUAUUUUUAUUACCAUUAACCGUUUAGGACUAUGGAUGGAAAUGUUUCUCAUAAAUACAUUUUUUUUCA